AUGGCAGCUGCUGAGGCUCGCGCCGGCCGCCAGUCUUUCCUCGUGGUCUUUGACUUCGACCACACGAUUGUUGACUGCAACUCCGAUGAGGUGGUGCCGCAGUGUUUGGGGCGCGGCAAUUUUCAACGCUCCCUGCUGGCGGCAAAGACGCCCAUGCAGUCGACAAGCCUUAUGGAUGCCGUUUUGGCACCUUUUUCACGGGAGCAGAUUGAGGAUGCUGUGGCAAAGAGCGUCGUGAUGGACGCGGGAAUGCCCGACGUCUUUCGUUUUCUUCUUCAGCAGCAGCAGCAGCAGCACCGUGGCGCGCCAGGUGAGGGUGUUGCUAAUUCCCUGCGAGUUGAGAUUGCCAUUGCGAGCGAUGCCAAUAUGCUGUUUAUUGAGAAGAGCAUUCAGCACCAUAUCCCCUUUGCCCAGCACGCCAUUGCGCAGAUUCACAGCAAUUCGCUUCACGACGUCCACGACGGUGGGGAGUCGCGCCGCUGUUGUGUCGGCAGGUACGAGUCGGCGGGUCACAAUUGCCUCAGCUGCAACCGCAAUCACCGCCCCAACAUGUGCAAGAGCCGCAUCAUUGCUCGUCUGUUGCACGCCAGUCGUCUAAUUGAUCCCACCGUCAUUUUUGUUGGCGACGGCGCGAAUGAUGUUUGCCCGGUGCUUCACAUGUUGCGGCCGCGCGAUUAUUUUAUGGGGCGUCGUGGCUUUAAGGCCCAUUAUUUUCUCUCAGACAAGCAUAGUGUAGUGGGGGGUUGCUGCAGGAUUGACUUGUGGUCGAGCGCCAACGAGUUACUGCAGAGCUUGAAACGCGCCAUGGAUCCUGCUGAGCGGUUGCCGGUGAUGGUCCGCUUUCGUGACGUGGGUUCACAGGAGUUCCGCGCGGUGACGCUGCAGCAGCGCCUUCCGCAGAUCCUCGAGCGGACGCUGAAGGAGAAUAAGGCAUACAUAACAGCGGAGGCAACGCGGCGGAUUUAUGCUCUCGCUGAGGCGGUGCGAAAUAACACGGCGGUGGCACCGCUUCCUGGUCAACAAGUGGUACUGCCUUGGCUACAGGGUUAUGCCGCUGUAGCAGAGUUUGACCAGGACUCGCACGCAUUGCCUCAGCAGCGGCAGGAGGAGGAGAAGGCGGGGAAUGGUGCGGUUGUUGCCCCUCGCUGGGGGCAGAUACCGUGGCUCCUGGGCGAGAUUUACCUUUACAACCUUCUUGCACAGUACUUGCUGCUGGCGGAGGGUGGUGGCUGCAACAAUACGAAGCCCACCGCGGACGAGUGGACCCCAAACAUCAUCACGCCGUAUGUGGUAUGUAAUCCCAUUGGCACCCACGACUGCCCCAUUGCGACGCACGGGGUGCUGACAGCAAAUAGCGCUACACCGGAGCUGUCAUUUGACGCAUCUUUUCUCGCCAAAGACGGGUCUACUUUUGGGUCAAACACUAUUGUGGUGCAGGAGGGUAAACGCAGGUAUUGUGACAUCGCCGCUGGUGAUGCUGUCGUACCGCGGCAUGGAUACUUUCUACCCUAUUUCGACUUUUUUAUACAUGAAAAGCGUGAGGUGCUACACAAUUUUUUGAAACCCAAAAUAUGCCCUAUGCUUGCAUGUACACCAUGGGAGUCGGAUGACUCCUUUGUUCCUGUCCUGCUGCGCUGGAUGUUGUGGGGCAACAGCGUGGAUCUCUCUACCUUUACACUGGGAGAGCUGCGAGAGAGCCACGCCGUGAAUGUGGCAGGGUCUGGAAAUAAGGACGGGAAGGGUGAGGAGUGUGCGAGGGAAAGAGGGUUUGAAGGGUCAGCGGCAAGCGCGACGGAGGGUUUGCGUCUGGCAGAGGCGAAGUCAGUGGCGGGGCAGGAUGAUUGCAUCCUUGGCAACCAGGUGGAGGAGGUGGCACAGCUGAUACGCCGCAUUGUGCACACGGAGCCGAGGGAGGGUGCGGCACGUCCCCGCACAAUUGAUAUUGUGAUGGAUAACGUGGGGGUCGAGUGCGUGGCGGACCUCAUCCUCACCCUCUGGGUGCUGCAUCACCACCCCUCGCUGCGUGUGACCCUGCACGUCAAGAACAUGCCCUACUACGUUUCGGAUGUGACUCCGCCGGACAUUGCGUUCCUCAUUGAGGAGUUGGAGGAGUGCGCGCGGCGCGAGCCUGCGAUGGCGACGGUGCUGAUGCCCUUUGUGCGACUUGUUCGUGAGUCCCUCGACAAUGGCAGGCUAAGCAUCGACGCCGACGCUGUGUGGACGCAGCCGUCCGAGUACCGUGAAUUGCCGCCGAAGGUGUGCAACACCUUCUUCUACACGCAGCGGGUCUUGUCGGAGGCGGAGCUGCGGGAACAACAGCAGGUGCAGCAGUCAGCAUCGUUUUCGUACGACGCGUGCAAGCGCUACACGGCCUACUCGGCGCUUGUUAUUUUCAAAGGCGACCUCAACUUUCGCCGCCUCCUCGGUGACCGUCACUGGGACCGUCGCGCUUUUGUCUCAACGCUCGCCCCUGCCGAGCUGGACGCCUCCGCGAUGCCGGAGCUUCUGUUUGCUGACACACCGCACGCCCGCAACGGUCAGCAUCGCCCCACUCAGGCGGGCGAAGUUGCGGCGGAUGAAAUCAUCAGCUUCCAGCGCAUUGUGUCAUCCUACUGGCCGGUACAUGCCGUGCCGGUGUGUGCCAUACGCACCUUAAAGAGCGAACUGAGCAUCGGUGUGAAGGUGGCGCAGCAGGAGGCACUGGACCGUGUAGAUCCCACCUGGAGGACGUCAGGGAAAUACGGCGUUAUCCUUCUUGCCUCUGGCAAUCGAUGA